AUGAAAGCAUCAAAAUACUAAAUUGAAAACAGAGACUAUAAUAUCAUCACUUGCGUGGAUUUUAAUAGACAACAGUAAUCCCUACCUCCAUUAAGGAAAUUGGGGUAGGCUUAAGAUCACCCUUUCCCAAGAAAGGCCAAGUUUGAGUCAGCUCAAGAACAAGCAUAAAUGCAACAGACAUCAUACUCAAAAGCCAACAAUUCUCAAUAAGAUAUAAAAUAAGUACAGCCAGGGUCAAUGAUGAAUGUACCAUCAGUCAAAUUCGAUUUUAUUUCCUUUACUCAAGGAAAAUAAUAGCCCUUUCAUGAUCUAAAGUAGGAAUUGAAGAUCUUGCACAAGAAGAAAGGUGGAAUGGGUGAAAUAGCUGAUUUGGGUGGUCUGUGCUACCCAAAUUUCAAUAGGGAAUAUUAAGAUAAAUUUAAGGAAAACUAAACGAUAUUUAGAAAACAAAAAGGAGAUUAUCCUGCUGUAACUGAUCCUAAAUUCUCUUAUGGUCCUUUUAUGAAACCAUUUAAAAAGUUCAAGUUUUGA